AUGAAACCGCAUGCAAAAAUCAAAAAAUCCUACGUGUCAUGUCGGUUUGUCGGUGGUAAUUCUGCUAGAGUCACAAAAUCAAACUUUGCCAAGCUUCUGAAAACGGCUCACAAAUUCAAAAGGUUGUUUGAAAACGACAUUAACAAUUGUGGACUCUGCCCUUGGGACGUCAAUAUGAUCGAUUUCAGUUCCUUGCCUACAAACGCUUUUAAAACACUAGAAAAUCCUACUGAUUCAAACUCAAAGGAUCCAUUUGACGAUGUACUAGUGUGGCCACGAGUUGCACCCACUGAUCCAAACCAACAGAAACGUCGUAUUCAGGAGAAUGUGCCAUCUGUGGCUACUAGUGACAGGUGGCUACAAUGGUAUAAAAAAAAAGGAUUUGGAAAAGAGAAAAAAUUCGAAGAUGCCAAUAAAACAAGAAUCGAGUUUUCCGAAGACAUCACCGGUCUAAAUAAUCAGGAUCUUGAGAUACAGCAAAACAGAAUAUUUGCGUGUGGGAUGCUCACUAGCGCAGAGUUCUGA